AUGACAGAUGAACUGGUUAAAGAGGCUCUUCUCGUCCGGCCAGCGCCGAUAAGGAAGCUUCUCAACAUGCUCAAAAUCUCUAUAACUCCCAAUUCAUUGCCCACAUUCGCUUUAGAUCGUUGUUUCACCGUACAGAUCUUGACCAUUCUCAGGUUUUUUGGUAAUCCCCAGGAACCAUGUCGACUAGAAUUGUAUUUACAGUUGUACAAGCGAUAUUCAUCGUUUCCAAAUUUUAUACCAUGGUAUCUUCUCAAAUUCACCAAGAUUUAUACUUUUACCAUUUUGAACAAGUUCUUCGCAGACUUUGCCUUGCUUAUCACGCUAGUAACUCUGCUCACUUUCUGGGCCACCAUGGGGUCUCGAGGCACAGAAUUUUUGCUCCUUGACCUUGGCUUCAUGAUUGACAGCAUCAUCAUGCCAGUCUUUUGCAACUCUGAUAUCUUCCAUGCUCGCACAAGCCAAAGGGAAACUGUUGCUCCCAUAUACAUAAAGCCAGUGGAUAUCUGGGCACGCAGAAAAUUCGUUCCAUUGUUGGUUCGCAACCAAAGUGCAAUUGGCUCGGUAAAUGUGCUCGGCAUGACCACCGAAACCUAG